UUUUCUUACAUUUUAUUUAUGUUUCUCUUCUACUGCACCUGUAUGAAUGGUGUGUCCCCAAUCCCUUAACUCCUCUCUCUCUCUCUCUCUCUGUGUGUACUCCAAAAAUCUCUCUCCUCCAUUUUCGCCUUUAACAGGCACCACCAAUUUCCCACCCACCUAGGCUUUUAGAUCUGUUGUGUAAAGAAAAAAAAAUGAAUAGGUGCGUUUAUCAACAAAAGGCCUUGGUGGGUUGUGAUGGUGUUGUUUGCCCCAAACCUCGUCGGGUCGGGUUAUUCAAUUCUUCAUAUGUUCAACCCAAUGAACCAAUCAGACCUUCUCGAUUCCUGCAAAUCAAUAAUCAGCAAUCUGAGCCUUGCGAUUUGAAAGCCGGAACUGAACUUCUUGAUAUCAUCCUCACCAAGGGGAAUUAUGAUAUGGAAACGGACAAUUUUGAUAUGGCUUCAUCUCCGCCGUUCUUUUUUGGAUCUCCACCAAGCAGGGCAUCGAAUCCCUUAAUUCAAGAUUCAGAGUUCAGCAACAACAAUUUUGUUCCUAUACUUGCAAUUCCAGAAGGACCAGCUGCACCUUCACCACCACCACCCUCCGCCUCCUCUCGUAAGAACGGAGGAAGCUGUGCUCAGGUGAAAUUCGGGAUCAAGCCAGCUACUGUGAGGAUCGAAGGCUUCAAUCGCCGCAGCAGCAUUUCUGCUGUAGCUUAGGUUGAUGAAAAAAUCAAUCAAAGACGGAUAAAAAUGUGAGAUUUUUGAGGUGAGGUGAGUUAUUACCAAAACGAAUUCGUUUUAGCUUUGUAUAUAGAGUGAUAAAAGAAAGAGAGAGUCGCGAUGAGUUAUAUUAUUUUCCAAAACCAUUCAAAUCCUGUUUGUGAAUAUGUUUAUUAGGUGAUGAAUGAGUGAGUGUUCAGUUAAUAUCGCGGAAAAAUAAUACUCAAAGAGGAGAGAUAGGUCAAAAGAUUGUCCACUUUCCUUUGGGAUUAAAUUAGGGUUCUUAUUUUUAGCAUUAGGCUAAGUUUGUAUUGAGUAUCUAUUGUAGUGUGAGAGUCAAAAAGUGAGACUUCUUCUUUGUGACUGGAAAGUUGGUCACUCUUAUCCUUUAUUGUAAUUGUAUUUGUAAUCUGAAGGAAAAGAGAAGAUAGUCUUCUUAGACA